AUGGCCAAGAUUAGCACCCAAUACUCCCACCCUUCCAGGACUCACCACCUCGUGGUAAGGACCACGGACAGAGAUCUUGAUAGCAUUGAGAACGGCCUCAGCAGGACCCACUUGCCAUGUGAGGAGACACCGUCAGAACUGCAAGAAGGCAUCACCAUGGAGACCAGAGGACUGGCUGAAUCCAAGCGAAGCUCCUUCACCAGUCAGUGGCCUGCCAGGUUGUCACGCCUCAUCAUCUUGCUGUGCGCCUGGGCCGCCAGGCACUUAGGCCAUGAGGACCAGAGGCCUGACUCUUUCCUGGAGCGUUUCCACGGAGCCGAGCUCAAGGAGGUGUCCAGCCGCAAAAGCCACGUCCAGAACAACGCGGGCAGCCAGGAGCCGCCAGACAGAGGGAGAAGUGACUGGCCCCUGGCCAGAAGCAACACCAAUGCCUGCAACAACUCAGAGAAGGAUGACAAGGCGAAAAAGGAGAAAGAAAAAAAAGAAGAGAAAAAGGAAAACCCAAAAAAGGAGGAAAAGAAGGACGCCAUCGUGGUGGACCCCUCUGACAAAAUGUACUAUCACUGGCUGACCAUCAUCGCUGCACCCGUCUUAUACAACUGGUGUCUGCUUGUUUGCAGGGCCUGUUUUGAUGAGCUUCAGUCUGAGCACCUGAUGCUUUGGCUGGUCCUGGACUACUCAGCCGACUUCCUCUAUGGCUUCGAUGUGCUAGUCCGAGCCCGGACGGGCUUCCUGGAGCAAGGCUUGUUGGUCACGGAUGCCAACCGGCUAUGGAAGCACUACACAAAGACCUUGCACUUCAAGCUGGACAUGUUGUCCCUGGUCCCCACGGACCUGGCUUAUUUUAAGCUGGGCAUGAACUACCCAGAACUGAGGUUCAACCGCCUACUAAAGUUGGCCCGGCUCUUCGAAUUCUUUGACCGCACAGAGACGAGGACCAACUACCCCAACAUGUUCAGGAUUGGGAACUUGGUCUUGUACAUCCUCAUCAUCAUCCACUGGAAUGCCUGCCUCUACUUUGCCAUUUCCAAGUUCAUUGGUUUCGGGACCGACUCCUGGGUCUACCCAAACAUCUCAAACCCAGAGUAUGGGCGCCUCUCCAGGAAGUACAUUUACAGUCUCUACUGGUCUACCUUGACCCUGACCACCAUCGGCGAGACCCCACCCCCCGUGAAAGAUGAGGAGUAUCUUUUUGUGGUCCUCGACUUCCUGGUGGGUGUCCUGAUUUUUGCCACCAUUGUGGGCAACAUGGGCUCCAUGAUCUCGCACAUGAACGCUUCGCAGGCUGAGUUCCAGGCCAAGAGUGACUCCGUCAAGCAGUACAUGCAAUUCCGCAAGGUGACCAAGGACUUGGAGACACGGGUGAUCCGGUGGUUCGACUACCUGUGGGCCAACAAGAAGACGGUGGAUGAGAGGGAGGUGCUCAAGUGCCUCCCCGACAAGCUGAGGGCCGAGAUCGCCAUCAGCGUGCACCUGGACACUCUGAGGAAGGUCCGCAUCUUCCAGGACUGCGAGGCGGGGCUGCUGGUGGAGCUGGUGCUGAAGCUGCGGCCUGCGGUGUUCAGCCCCGGGGAUUAUAUCUGCAAGAAGGGGGACAUAGGGAGGGAGAUGUACAUCAUCAAGGAGGGCAAGCUGGCUGUGGUGGCCGAGGAUGGGGUCACCCAGUUCGUGGUCCUCAGCGAUGGGAGUUACUUUGGCGAGAUCAGCAUCUUGAACAUCAAAGGGAGCAAGUCGGGGAACCGCAGGACGGCGAGCAUCAGGAGCCUCGGUUACUCGGACCUGUUCUGCCUCUCCAGGGACGAUCUGAUGGAGGCACUCACUGAAUACCCUGAGGCCAAGAAGGUGCUGGAGGAGAAGGGGCGGCAGAUCCUGAUGAAGGACAACCUGAUCGACGAGGAACUGGCCAAGGCCGGGGCGGACCCCCAGGGCAUCGAGGAGAAAGUGGAGCAUCUGGAGUCCUCCCUGGACAUCCUGCAGACCAGGUUUGCACGGCUCCUGGCUGAGUACAGUGCCACCCAGAUGAAAAUGAAACAGCGGCUCAGCCAACUGGAAAACCAGGUAAAGGUCGGCCUCCCGCCUGACGGGGAUGCUGCACAAACAGAUGCCAAACAACAGUGA